AUGAAAUUUGCUCCAAAGAAGCCUCACUUCUUUAAACCUAUUUUGCCUAAUUUCAAGCAUGGAAUUAAAAUCCCUGUAGCUUUUUGCAAGCAUUUGAAAGGAUGUAAUCAAGAACAUGCAAUAUUGAGAAAGUCUGAUAAGAAGUGGCAGGUAAAAGUGAACGGACGAUUAUUAGAUGAGGGUUGGGCCAUAUUCGCGAAAGAAAAUGAUUUACAGUUGGGAGAUUGCUUGAUAUUCAGACAUGAAGGAGAUUUCGAGUUUGAAGUUUCCAUCUUCGGUUCAAAUCACUUUGAGAGAGUAUACGAACAGACUCCGAAAGGAGGAGAGGAAAUCAAUCAUACCUGCAACAAAAUUAUAUCACAAGGUUUGGUAUUUGUUCUCUGUUUCAGCUCUCUUGUGUUUUAUUUCAAUUAUACAUCGAAAUUUUUUGAACUACUUCAAAUCGUUCAUAAGUCCAUUUCAUUGAUCGCGUCUUCCCUUUCAUCAAAAACAACUGAAAAGACAAAGCUCAACGUCAAGUCGAAUGAGAUUAUCCCCGAAGUAGAAGCUGCAGAGAACAUGCCUCUCGAUCGCCCUCCUUUCAUUUUUACUGUCACACCUUAUUGCCUUACAAGGGGCCAUGUACAACUUCCAGUCCAAUUUGCACGGGAUAACAGUCUCAUGAAUAGGAGAUGUACUAUAACGAUAAGGGAUGAGCAAAGGUCUUUGACAUUUGCACUAUAUUCGUCUGGUGCACGCACCUACAUUAAAGGCCAAUGGCGUGAAUUCUGCAUUGCAAAUUGCUUGAAGAAAGGAGAUCAGAUAAUGCUCGCGAUAGUUGAUAAUGGAAUGAAUCCUGUAUUGAGAUUCUACGAUUUGAGAACAAACGCAUCACUUCAACUCGAAGUGAAGAAGCCUAAUUUGGAUGCUGAAGAAGUUUCAUCCCGAAAGGAAGUAGCAACUGUACCUGCUUCAACAUCUGCCAAUGCCAACGCUCAAUUUGUUUCAAUUAUCCAUCCUUAUGCCAUCAUCAGAGCUCUUUUCUAUCUUCCGUUGUCUUUUGCAAGACCAAAUGGCUUGAUGAGACGUUGUAAGAUGAUUCUCAAGGAUGAGAAACAACGAUCAUGGUCAGUGCAACUAGAAGAAGUUGGACCUCGUUUUGCAAUUACCAAGGGAUGGCGACAGUUCAGAGAAGCAAAUGAUGUCCAAGUAGGAGAUACUUAUAAGUUUGAACUCAUUCACAAUGGCACAACACCUGUAGCGUAUUUUCAUCGUACGAGAGCAAAUGCAUCAGUUCAGCCAGAAGAAAAGAAGCCUAAUUUGGACGCUAGAAGAGUUUCAGCCCGAAGUAAUGAAGCAGAUGUACCUGCUUCAACAUGUGAUAACGCGAACACUCAAUUUGUUUCUACUAUCAAUCCCCAUUGCAUCAACAGUCCUUUCAUCCAGUAUCUUCCAUCGGCUUUUGCAAAGUCAAAUAGCUUGGUGAAUAGACGUUGUAAGAUGAUUCUGCGAGAUGAGAAACAGAGAUCAUGGUCAGUAGUGCUAGCACCAAUGGGACAUCACACUGCAAUUACCAAGGGAUGGCGACAGUUCAGAGAAGCAAAUGGUUUCCAAGUCGGAGAUACUUAUAAGUUUGAACUCAUCGACAAUGGCACGAUACCUAUAGCAUAUUUCCAUUGCGAGUAUAUAUACUUCCCAUCUUUUCAUUAUGUUCCUCCAUGUUAUGCAACUCUAUUUCAAUGAUUAUUUAGUGUGUGUUUUUACAAAAUUUUGCAGGUAAAUAUUCUAGGAAUGAUGACGAAGCAUCAAAGAAGCCAUUGACAAAUAUAAAUAAGCAGUUAGUGAUAUACAAGGAAAACUAGAUGGACUCAUAAUCAACUUUUUAUAGUCGAUAUAUACAGAUUAUAUACAAAUUGUGCUAUGAAUCGUAUCUCCAUAUAUCAACUCGACCGAAUCUAACGGUUAAAUCAUUCAACCAUUAAAUUUGAUAAAAAAAAGUGUUGGAUUUAGCAAGUGUGAAUGCGA